AUGUCCGUAACAACAACAAACAACGCCCACAUCACCGCACUCCGGCACACACUAGCAGACUACAACCUGCACCACAGCCAGCCAUCUUCAGCAGAAGCCUCUUCAGCCCCAGAACCCAACGCCCAGACGCACUGGCGUCGAGUCCCAGCUUAUAGACCUGCGAACCCGGCGUUGCUGGAUGAGGGAGGGCGGAACGAGUUCAAUAAUACCAUUGAGAGGUAUUUCAUUCGGGUGAUGUUUGGUGGGGUGGGGGAAGGAACGCUGAUGAAAACCAGAGAGCUAGUCAAAUUUGGAGGGCGACGGGGGGGGGGGAGGGUGAAUGAUAGAAUUUUCAGGGUUGGGAUUGGGGGUGAGUGGUGA